GAAAAUUCGUCUUUCAUUUCACUCUUCUCUGCUUCUCUCUUCUUAUUAUUCUUCUUGCUCUCUCUGGCUUGACUCCAGAAAUGGCUUCACAAGAACAGUUAUCCGCCAUAAAGGGGGCGAAAGUGCUUAUGGUUGGGGCUGGUGGGAUUGGUUGUGAGCUUCUCAAGACUCUUGCUCUUUCUGGGUUUCAAGAUAUUCAUAUUAUUGACAUGGACACUAUAGAAGUCAGCAACCUGAAUAGACAAUUUUUGUUCCGACAAUCCCAUGUUGGGCAGUCUAAGGCCAAGGUCGCUCGAGAUGCAGUCUUAAGAGUCAGGCCCAAUAUAAGCAUUACACCAUACCAUGCAAAUGUUAAGGAGUCUCGCUUCAAUGUGGAUUUCUUUAAAGAGUUUGAUGUUGUUCUGAAUGGGCUGGAUAAUUUAGAUGCAAGGCGCCAUGUGAACCGUCUUUGCCUGGCAGCUGACGUACCAUUGGUUGAAAGUGGGACCACAGGGUUCUUGGGACAGGUCACUGUACAUUUGAAGGGAAAAACAGAAUGCUAUGAAUGUCAGCCAAAACCUGCCCCAAAGACUUAUCCUGUAUGUACAAUUACAAGCACUCCAUCGAAGUUUGUUCAUUGUAUUGUGUGGGCAAAGGACCUGCUUUUUGCAAAGUUGUUUGGGGACAAGAAUCUAGAAAAUGAUUUGAAUGUGCACUCUAAUGAUGCUGCAAAUUCUUCAGAACAUUCAGAUGUAUUUGAAUAUAGAAAAGAUGAAGAUAUCGAAGAAUAUGGAAGAAGAAUAUAUGAUCAUGUGUUUGGUCAUAACAUAGAAGUGGCUCUGUCUAAUGAAGAAACGUGGAAAAACCGUAACAAACCACGGCCUAUAUAUAGUAAGGAUGUCCUGCCCGAGAAACUAUCUGAACAGAAUGGAAACAUGGAAAAAGGUUGUGUAACUGAUGACGUCUCUGCCAUGGCAUCUCUGGGCUUGAAAAAUCCUCAGGAUGUAUGGAGCCUUGGAGAAAAUUCAAGAGUUUUCCUCGAGGCUUUGAGAUUAUUUUUCUUGAAGAGGGAAAAGGAAAUAGGGAACCUGACUUUUGAUAAAGAUGAUCAAUUGGCUGUGGAAUUUGUUACUGCUGCUGCAAAUAUUCGUGCUUCUUCUUUUGGGAUUCCUUUACAUAGUCUUUUCGAAGCUAAAGGUAUUGCUGGUAAUAUCGUGCAUGCUGUUGCAACAACAAAUGCUAUCAUAGCUGGGUUGAUCGUGAUUGAAGCAAUUAAGGUUUUAAUAAAGGAUAGCAACAAUUACAGGAUGACAUAUUGUCUAGAACAUCCUUCAAGAAAGAUGCUUCUUAUGCCUGUGGAACCCUAUGAACCUAACAAGUCUUGCUAUGUUUGUUCAGAGACACCUCUAUCACUUGAGGUUAAUACUCAUCGUUCUAAGCUGCGGGAUUUCGUUGAAAAGAUUGUUAAAGCCAAACUUGGCAUGAACUUUCCACUAAUUAUGCAAGGGGCAAGUAUUCUUUAUGAAGUUGGUGAAGAUCUUGAAGAGGAUAUGGUAGCAAUUUAUGCUGCAAACCUUGAGAAAGCCUUAUCCGAGCUGCCUUCUCCAGUUACUAGUGGGACUGUGCUUACUGUCGAGGAUCUUCAGCAGGAGUUCUCACGCAAUAUCAAUAUCAAGCAUAGGGAAGAAUUUGAUGAGGAGAAGGAACCUGAUGGAAUGCUUCUCUCUGGAUGGGUUGAACCUCCUGUUGAUAAGGACAAGAAUAAGCCUAUUGGAAAUGGUGAAAGUACAUCCAAUGCUUUACCAGCAGAGGAGAGUCUGGAGGCCAAGAAGGACGUUACAAUUCAGGAAAUUUCAGAGGUGACUGAAAUUGCUACUGGGACGAAAAGAAAAUUGUCUGAGGUUUCGAAAGGCACCACUCCAGAUCAUUCAGGCCUUUCUGAUGAAACUCGAAAUCACAAUCAACUCGAAAAGCUUGAUGUUGAUGAUGAGGAUGAUGAACUCAUGAUAUCUGAUGAUUGGGAAUCACUCACCAAGAAGAAAAGGUUGUAAUAGGUUUGACAUCAUCUUGCUUGUGGACAGCAUCUUACCUCUGAUUUUGUAUCAUUAGGUUAAAAUGGUGAUUCUUUUGGAGGCCAUAAUUGUUAUUAUGUUAGGACAGAGUCUAUAGUAUGUUGCUUUGGUUAGAUGUUACUAAUUGUUACGUCCAUUCCCCUUUUGUGGUUUACAAGCGUAGCAACAAUGUGUAUUCCUCCUAGUUUUAGAUUAACAGAGGGUUGUAACGCUGCGACUAUUCAGAAUUCUUUGAACAUCAAUGUGAAAUGAAAUCAAUGUUGGAACUAAA